AUGUCAGGAAACCGUUUCCUUAGAGAGCUUGAAGCUCUCGAAGCUGAUGAGGAUUUUGAUAAUUAUAUUCCACGUUACGACAAUAUUCCAAACUUUAGUCAUCCAAAUUUAACUCAUCAGCAUAACGAAACUCACGUUUUACCAGUUUCAAGUCAUAACGAUAACUUUUUUGACACUUUUACGCAAGAUGACAACCUUAUCAAUACGUUUACUGAUAUACCAGUCAUAUUCACUAAAACUCCAUUUAUUGUACAUGUGAGUUCCACUGAAGCAAUUGAUUUAAGCCCAGGAGAGGAGCAAAAAGACCAAGAAAUAGAUAUAGAUGUUGUCAGCACCACUCCAAACGGUACAUACGUAACGGACAUAUUGACAAGUAGCGUAAAUGAUAUUGAAUUUAACAGCGAUCAAGAGUAUCCAAGUAUUAUCGUUACUAAUGUUAGUGACUAUGGAAAAAACGGAAGUAUCAUUCUUAAUGAAGAAGCUAAAAGUACAAAAAACAUGGGUAACAUAGAAACAACUACCGGCAGAGAUUUGACAGAAGCUACAUUGUUAAUCGUAAAUAAAGAAAACAAAAGCACAGAAGAUAUAGCUAAAAUAGAAACAACAACUGGCCGGUAUUUAACGGAAGCUACAUCGGUAAUAGAAAACAAAGAAAGUAAAAGCACAGAAAAUACAGUUAAACUAGAAACAACAACGGACAGUAAUAUUAAAGAAACUACAACGGUAAUUUCAAAUAAAGAAAGUAAAGGAACGGAAAACAUAACUAAAAUUGAAACCACAACUAUCAGUCAGUAUCACGAAACUACAUCGACCCAUGUCGAGACAACUGAAAGAAUAGUAGUCUCUCUUUCUGCAACUUUCAACAUAAGCGAAGUUGAAAGUUCUGUCAACGAAACUACUCGCAAUCCUAGAGAAGAAACAGAAAAAGAUGAUCCUGAAUUUGCUGAAAAAGAAUCCCAAGAAUCGGAUGAGUCCAGUGAAGAAGACGAUGAAGACAUGAAUAUGGUCACAGGAAUUUUAUCGGCUCUUCUUGGAGGCCUUAGUAAGCCUGAUGGAGGUAUUGAUCUAGACGCAAUUGUUGGUCUUAUAGGCAGUUUAAGUACACAAAAUGAUGACGGUAGCUACGACUUUUCCGGAUUAACUGAAUUACUAAAAGGAUUUUUCGGGGGAGGUGGAGAUGGAGGAGGUGGUUCUGAUAUCGGUGCUUUCGCUGGAGGUUUAUUAGGUGCCGUCAUAAAAGGAAUUGCAGACCCACCUGGUGGUAAAGGUGUUGGAGUUUUAACCGCAAAACUAUUAUCAGGUAUUUUGCCAGCCUUGAGCGUUCAGGGAUUUAAUCCUGUGCAGUUCGUAAUAUCAACUGUAACAUCACUCUCCAACUCGAAACCGAAAGGAAAACCAUCCAAGAAAGAAUAA